UCACAUAUUAAUAUCGGAGUAGACUCCUAUUCUGUUAUUAUUUCAACGAUGUAGCUAACAGAGAAAAUAACUGUCUUAUACAGUAGAUAAUGCCGAUAUGUGGCUAGUUUUAAAGUAAAGCCGAUAUAAAAAGCAGUAUCAACAGAUCGUGGAAUAUAGCUUGAUAUCCAUUUACUAAAUGUUUUCAUUUCCGCUAAUUAUUUGAACACAUGCGCUAUUGUAGACGGGAAAAGGUGAUUUUAUUCAAGGAAAAGGAGUGUAGUUUUAGAUGGAAAUUUGUUGAACUACGAAGGAAACAUUAUACAAUAUGAUUGAAAAUGUGUGGGCAAUUUCAUGCACCCAGUUGUUUUUCAGGUCUAAUGCUGGCAUUUCUGCUUCACAUCGGUAUCAUAAACUCAGUUGAGUUAUACAAGAGCAAAUAUAUACUUCCGGUUUUACCAUCAACGCAGUACACUUUGCAUGACGUCAUUAUAUUACCUGAGAACACAGAUGUUGUUGAAGCAUCAAUUAUUUCCAGGCCAUCGUCAACAGUGUUGGCUACGCUGACUCUAACACUGGGACAUGGGUUUCGGCUUGGAAAUGCUUAUACUCUACACAAUUCCUCAUUAGAGUCAGGAUUACAAAUUAUGACCUUGAGCAAGACAACACUUGUUAUAGAACUAACGACUGGUCUGUUAAAAGUACAAUCCAUUGAUCUAUCCGGGCAAAGCUAUUAUAUGUCUACGUUUAAAGAUUAUGCGGACACAAAUUACGAUAUACAACUGUUAAUUCAAUCGACUGUAACCGACACGACUAUCAACCUUUGUAAUGCCUACAAUAAAGCCGACGAAACGGCAAUUAGUAACGAAACACAAUUUUCGCAAGAAAUUCCCAAGAUGGUCAACUGCACAACAAAGAAAUUAUUCCUUUUUGAGAGAUUGCUUUUAAAUAAGGUAUCAAAGGUGCAAGGAAUUGAGAUCACCUCGGAUCAUCCAAUUAGUAUUCUACAAGGAUAUGAGACUCGUUCGUCUUCCCUGUUCAGAAAUGGAGAGGAUUUCAACACCUUAGAGCCAGAGAAGAAUGACUCCCCAAUCAAUUGGCAUAUUAUUAAGCCUAUCUCUGACUGGAGUAAUCAAUUUGUUCUUAUUCCCAGUGAGGACAGGCGUGAGUUUAAGCUUUUGCUAAUGUCACUUGUCAAUACUUCUGUGUCCAUCCAAACUGACGAAGACAUCAUACGACUAGCUUUGACAGCGAAGACACCCGCAAAUAUCAGUAUAUCUAAUGAGCCGGGUCAUACGCUCAUUGUUACCGGAAAAGACCAAUUUUCUAUGAGUUGCGUCAAAUCAGACGAAACAAGUUGUAGAAACGAACUGCUCCCUUUUAAUGUAGACAAUAUGGCUUCCAAUACCAAUGAUAGUAACAGAAAAGGAACUAAAUCAGACGAGUAUCAGUGGGUUUAUAUAACAGAUGACACAAAGAUAUUGAUAUUUUGUCCUCUUUACAUAUGGAUAAGUUUGUAUACUUCGAACGGAACCAUAGAAAGCACUGAAGAAAUUCACUUUAACAUUAGCAGCAUAUAUAUAAAAAUUACAACUUUCACCAAUUUUAGUUACGGACUGUAUAAGAUUUCAUUUAAUGAUACGAUGAAUAAAUGUGAUAUAUUUUACACAUACAAAUACAGUUCACGUGGAAAUAGCACAACUAACUUAUAUGAUAUUAACUACACAACAAUACCUUUUUCUUCGUUUUCCAAAGUGUCUGAAAAAAGUUUGACUGUCUCUGAAAACUUCGUCACCUCAGAUACCACCUCAAGAAAAGCAGAAGACGAAAUGGGUGAUAACUUGUCUGUCAAACUAGUAGUUUCAACAGAUAAGAAUACAACAGCAGAUGACAAUAGAAAAUGGAAUAAAAGUGCCUCACUACUGUCCCAUGAUGACAUAGCAGCUCCAGCUGAUGAAAAGAGCACAAAGUCGACUGUAUCGCACAAAAUAACAAAACAGAAUAAUGAAGUGAUCGACACAACAAACAAGAAAAGUAAUAAAGUUACCGUGGAUGUUAACAACGGAAAUAGAAGAUUCAAAGCAGUAGUGGACAUUUUACAUUCAAACGAAGGAAGAAGAGAUAAGUUAAUUUCAAGUUCAGCCAAACAAAAUAAUCCAACAUACACUUACACAUUUGACAUUAAUGAAAACUUUGUUCAGGAAGGUGAUGGCAAAAGUCCUGUUGCCAUUAUUGCCAGUCUGGUGGCAGCUAUUCUGGCAGUAGGUGCUAUCAUUCUUAUAUUUUUGCUCAAAGAAUUUAUCUUACGAAGACAACAGAUACGGAAGACAAGAAUAAGACCAUUUAUAUCAUAUUAUUAACUUGAUUUGACUGUCAUGCAUGCUUCAUGGUAUCUUCAAAUUUUAAACUGUUAAAUUACAUUCGUGAUAGUGUCUCCUUGUAUUGUUUUGUUUUAGUUGAGAACUUUUAAAAUAUUUUAAGUCCUAAAAAAAUAUUAAAAACUUUAUUUAAUCUGAUAAAUUACUUUCGUGAUAGUAUCUCCUUGUAUUGUUUUGUUCUAGAUGAGAAUUGAAUAUUUCAAACUUUAAAGUUCUAAGAAAAAAGGUUUUAAUUCACGAAAUUAAUCUUUAAGGAAGUUCGCAUAAAUAUAAACAUUUUUUAUAUAAAUCAAUGGAGUCACCGUGAUUUAUAAAUUACGCAUACAAAUUGAUAUUGUCAGUCUUUAUUUAUUUAGAUAUUGAAUCCGUAAUAAUAGUCGGCAAUGUACGUGUGAUUAAGGACUGUGAAAUAAUAAAAAGUUUCAUGUUGUCGGUUUGAACUUUUGUGGUUUCGCAUAGAACGGCUUUUGUGUGCGGAUACGAAUUCGUGGAUUUUAAGUUUUGAAGAUAAAAAUCAGGAAAUUUUUAUUUGUUUGAUGCAAUUCGAUUUCAGUAAUUACGUAACCAUGAAAAAUUAGUCGUCCACGAAAAUUAAUGAUUUCAUAGUAUUCACAUAUGCUAUUUCGGCAUUCUUCGGUCGUAAAUUUUGCUCAAACUGGCACGUGAUUUUACGUGCUAGCAAGGGAAUGCCGAAAUCGCAAGCAGAGAGAAUGUAAUGGAAUUGAAAUUGUGAAACAACUGUCUUGUUGCCACUCAUAGGGUAAGUCCAAUCCUCAAUUCUUCUAUAUCAUUCUAAUAAAAGUAAAUAAUGUUUUAGCAAAGACUUAAAUUACAAAUUUACAUCACGUGAAACAUUCUGCUUCAUCAGAAUAAAUUUCAUUUCAGGCAGUUAUGUGAAUCAAAACGUAUACUUUUUUUGAGUAAUUGAAACAAAAAAAAAUCUUGUUCAAUGAAAUAGUAUCUAGCUUUGUCAUAGAUAUGCAUCUGGUUUGAAAUCAAGCAUCCGAUCAACUAUAUAACUAACUGAAAAAAAAACAAAAACAUAAAAGUUACUAUUUGCGAUGUAGUCCAAAAUUAUAGAUGACACUUUGGAAUUUGUAAAGUGCCUACCUAUCGUUUGCACUACAUGUAUGUAAAAUACAUGUAUCGGAUAAACUGAUACAAUCUCGUAGUACUUAUUUAUAGUGACAGUAUGAAUUAUGUCCCCCUUAGUACACUGAGUAAGAAUAGUCUUCUUUGAAACAUGUGCAUUAAGUAUUGUAAUACAGACUUCCUUACUGAAAAGUGAAAGGUGAAUAAUUUUCUCACCGACAGCAGAAUCUAAUGACCUGAUAUAUGUCAAUGCCAUAUAUAUAAGAUGUCGUGCAUACUUGUAUCAAAUAGGCUUUAAUGCGUUCUGUUUGGAUUUGAAUUUGUAUAUAUCUGGAAAUUAACAGUGUUGUUAGUUGUUUAAAUAUCUAUUAAAUGUAAUGCUGA